UUUUCGUUUUACUGAUCACCUUCAACACCGCUUUGCUAAUAUUGCUGUUGUCAAUAUUAUCUGUGCUCUGUUUUCUCUACUGCACUGCGUUACGCAUCUGCAUGUCGCUGCUCAACCUUCUUCCGCAUCGUAUUUCCCAGCGACUGACUGCACUCUACUUCACCGUAUCAAGCUUCAGCCUGCAACGCCGACCACGGUCCACACAAACGAACACGAUGGCGAGCAUGACGGUGACAAAGAUCCCAGCCCUGAAAGAUAACUUUAUGUACUUGGUAAUGUGUAAUGCGACGCGGCAAGCGGCUGUCGUCGACCCGGUCGAACCCGAUCGUGUGCUGGAGGUCGUGCAGCAGCAAAACUGUAAGCUGAACAAGCUGCUAACGACACACCACCACUGGGACCAUGCUGGCGGCAACGACGGUCUGUACCAGCGCUUCCAGCAGAACACGGAUUGGGGUGAGCUGUCUGUGUAUGGUGGGGACGAUGAUAGGAUUACACGAUUGACGCAUCCGGUCAAGCAGGACGACACGUUUGAGAUAGGAAAUCUCCGGGUACGAUGCCUUUCCACACCGUGCCAUACAAAGUCGCACAUCUGCUACUUCGUAGAGGGUGAGCAGGAGCGAGCCGUUUUUACCGGCGAUACACUUUUCCUCGCCGGCUGUGGUCGUUUCUUCGAAGGAACACCGAUUCAAAUGUACGAAGCAUUGAUCGGUAAGCUGUCCCAGCUGCCGGACGAUACGAAAGUGUACUGUGGGCACGAGUAUGCACUGCAGAACCUGCGCUUUGCCCACACAAUCGAACCCGACAACGAGGACAUUCGGGAGAUACUGGAACGGGCUCAGGCCGCUGAUCUGGAAGGACGGCAGGCACUUGUACCGUCCACCAUUGGGUUGGAGAAACGCAUCAACGUUUUUAUGCGCGUGCGUGAACCAUUCUAUACAACGAUGUUUUCUACUAACCAUCCGGUGAAGGUAAUGGAACAGCUCCGAUCAGCUAAGGACAAGUUUUAAGCAUUUCGUCUACAAGUAAGUUUUAAGUCGUUGCACCAAAAUUGAUACUACCGGUACAUUACGGGCAUCAAUAUCAGAUUAAUUGUACAUCUGCGAACAACACUACAUCAUUCAGAUUCAAAAAUGAGGAUGUAACGAGAAAAGAAGAAUAGAUCCGCAAAAGCUGAAUGGUUUUUUAAAGCAUUUAAGCAGAGGUCACGAGCUUGCUCGACCGCAAAUGGUCGGUCUGGUCAAACACUGUUUGAGAUUAUUGGUGAUAGGAAAUUCUACUACACCUGCACCUGAUCUUCCAUGAACCGCAGUUAAAACCAUGAGAUUUGGUCAGAUAGUUAGCAAGAAUGUUGGUAAAAAAGUGUACUUUCUCAUGGUUAAACAUUUGUCUUAUGCUUUUUACAUGAAAGCCCUACAUUUAUAGGCAAAGGCUGGAAACUUACUUGAACAUCCAUCAUUUACGGAUAAUAAUGGGUUUAGGUAAACUUUUUUGGAAAUAUAAUGCCUUUGGUAACUAAUCAUUGUCCACUCGGUGUAAAUAUCAAGUUUUAAUCGAUUGGGUGGAGGAAUGAGGAAACGAUGAAGGUUUAGGAAUUCUUAUGAAGUCCUAAUUUCUAUUCGAAAUUUGUUCACUUCUCAGGCCAUCUGUUUUUUUUCGAGAGUUUAUUCUUAAAAUUCUCGGGACCAGCAAAAUGUACAUUUCUUGUAAACUUCCAAAUUUCAGACGCAAUAAAGCAAUAAUCAAUCACAAAUUUGCAUUAACACUACGGAAUGGGCUUAGUUAACUAUUUUAGAGUUAGAAUUCUAAUCGAUACUACAUUAAUUUCCAUGCAUUCUCAACAAGGACAAGGACUUCACCAAACUGCGUAUAAGGACUAAAUCAAAAUCCUUGUACUAACGGAAAAUGCAUUUAAUCCUACUGUAAAUUGGAAGCAAAUCCAUUUUUGAAUCCAAAAUAUUAUCUGUGUAGUUAUAUGUAAAUAUGGAAAGCCUUCUUGGGGCAUCUCUGCGAAGAACAGCUUUGCUCUUCUUACCACAGCAACAACUCCUAACCUACCCUGCAUUUGAAUCUAUUAUUUUCACCAAAAAAAACCAAAAUUACAUUGACAUCUAGGUUUAUGAUGUUUUGUCACAU